UGAUAACUAAUAAUAACAAAUCUGACCCUCAUCCUUUCUCUCAUUAACCUCUAUACCCUUGCUCUUUUAUCCCUUUUUUUAGCUCAGCAUGCACUCUCAAUAUCUUCAGUUUGCUUUCUUUCUCUUCCUGUCUCUUGUUGUAUUGAUUCUUCUCCAGUCCUUCCAACUCAACUUUCACUCCUCCACAAAUCCCUACCCUUACCAGAAGAGACCUGUCCACGUUCUGAUCAUUUCCUCCUGGCGUUCUGGCUCGUCAUUCAUUGGACAGAUCUUCAACCAUCACGAUGACGUAUUUUACCUCUUUGAGCCUGCUCAUCCUAUUUGGAUGAGACUUAAUCAAGAGUCAGCAGAACUACUUCACUAUCCAGUCAGAGACCUUCUCCGUUCCCUGUUUUUUUGCGAUGUGACUCCUCUCUAUUCCUAUCUCCCUAGUGGUGGGCAACGCAUAUCUGAGAUGAAGUUUUUUGCAGAGAGUCGGGCUCUCUGUUCAACUCCUUUUUGCCAAGCUUCAAUCCCAUUAGAAGGCUAUGAUCGCAAUUUAUGUUUCCACCGCUGUAAAAAUAUUUCACUUGGAAAGAUGGAAGAAACAUGCCGGUCUUAUAGCCAUGUAGUGAUGAAAACUGUGAGGAUCUUUGACCUUAAAGUCCUUCUACCUCUUCUCCAGGAUCCAUCGCUAGACUUAAGAAUUCUCCACCUAGUACGAGACCCACGAGCCGUGACUGCAUCCCGGAAAUAUUUUAGUCUUAACAUUGAUGACCAAAUUGUCGUGGGAAAUGAAAAAAAAAAGAAGGAUAAAAAUGAUAAACUCACUCUUGCACAGGUUAUGACCAAGAUCUGUAAUGCCCAGGUCACCAUUAACAAAGCAGCCAUAGCAGCUGGAGAGUCCUUGCAUGGGCGCUAUAUGUUGCUAAGAUAUGAAGAUCUAGCCGUGGAACCGUUUCUGAAUGUCAAAAGAAUUUACAAGUUUGUUGGUCUCAGUAUUAGCCCAAAUCUAGAGAAAUGGAUUUAUAAUGUCACCCAUAAUGAUAGCCAAAGCAAAAAGGGGUUUAUGCCCUAUUCCAGAGAUGCAAUAAGUGUAACACAGAAAUGGAGGAAGGUGCUAAAAUUUGCCAGUGUAAAAGAGAUUGAGCAUGUCUGCAGUGAGGAGAUGAAACAGUUUGGCUACUUACCACUGAAAUCACCAAGACAUCUGGGAAACCUUAAAGUGAAUCUUGUUGCCCGAAGGAAGAUAGAGGGAGAGGAGGAAUAACAGUGCUUUGCAAAGGAUAGGUGGAAAAGAACGAAAGAUACAAUCAUAAAAGCAUAUAUUAAUGUGUAACAAUGUUUAUAUUUGCAGAUAUUUGUUGUUGUUUGUAUUGUGUAUGUUUGUAAACAUGCAAUAUCCAAAUAUAUUAAGUGAUGACGUGGGCUUUCUGUUACGGUAAUAGACAAUAUGCUUUGAGAAUUGUUUUGUCUACUACUUUUGUGGGUUUUACUGUAUGACGUGAAGGGGAUUUUCUUUCUAUGGCAUUUUUAUCCGUGCUACUUUAUGAAGUUUUGCAGUUAUCUACAGGGGAGAGUACUAUGUAUUUAAUUAGACAUACGGACACCAAAUGGCUCCGGAGUUUACAAUCCCAUGGACAUCAUGGAAGUUCAGAGGAACGGGUAACUGGGGAGGAAAUUAAGUUAAUAUUUCAAUAUAAUGUGCAAUACAGUUUUGGUUGUGAGAUGAGGAAGGUAU